UCAGGAUGUGGCACACGUUUGGAAUUUGAUCAAUUGAAAAUGGUCGAUGGGACCCAUGGAGAUUGGCAGACUGACGAUGUGUUCCUUGCCAGACAGACGGAUGAACGCAAUUACAUCCUGGUGCAAUUAAGCAUCAAAUACACCAACCCCUUCAUAACAUUAAUGCUGCCCAGUAUUCUGAUCGUCCUGGCUGAUGUGGUCAGCUUCGCCCUGCCGCUUGGAGGUGGAGAACGCAACUCUUUCAAGGUCACUCUUGUGCUCAGCUUCACCAUGUUCCUCAUCAUCCUCAACGAUCAGCUCCCUGGAGACAGCGCCUGCAGCCCCGUCAUCCGAACCCACUUCUGUAUUUGUCUGGUCCUCUUGGUGGUGAGCAUGCUGGCGUCCAUGGUGAUGACACGAUUGGCCAAAGAUGGCAGCCUCAUUCUCUGCUGCUGCUCCCCAGUCCAGAGAAAAAAGAAAGACGAUGAAGAAGACAAAGCUGACAUCAGUGUCGUUCAGGUGGAUGGCACAGUGGAGAACACGCGAAUGCUCCGAAAAGUGGUGAACUUCCUGGAGAAUCUUGACGCGCAGACACUGGAAAUCUCUGCAACCACUGAGUUCUAG